AACACGACCAUGUGAUACGGUCGCGUUUUCCUCGCUACCAGUAUAAAAAAAAAACAUUAAAAAAACUCAGCUCAUUCACUGUCAUAUGUAAAAUGAUGAAAGGAAAUGGGUAAAAGACUGAAUAUUAACCAGUCCAUCUUGUUGACAGAUUUAUACUGCUGUAGUGGGUUACGACUCGCAAUCUUAUAAUAAUUUUAUGCAUAUGAGUAGAUCAAAUAAAAAUAUUCAGGGGUCCCUGUGAAACUACCAUGCACCAUCUUGUAUUGUAAAAAGUAAUUGUCAAAAAUAUUAACACUGUCACGGGACCUGAGAUUAAAGUAAAUUAAAAUAAUUAUCAAUGUAGAUAAGGUAGACUGUUAACAAUGUAGAUAACGUAGACUGUUAAUACAAUUUAAAUCUGUAGGUUUGGGAAAACGUAUCUUGUUUGGUUUCGGGAGAUGUAGUUUUCUUACCAUCAUCAUUAUUGUUCCUGAGCAAACGUUUUCAUGUGAAGAAAACUCCAUUACCCAGCAUUCCCUGCGGGACUUACGUAGACUGAAGGGGACGAAGCUCACGAGGACGGGAGUGCUGAGUCGAACAUCCUCUCAGGCUUCACCGCCGACAGGAAUUACAUGCUGCUUUUCUGCUCAACUGGGGAAAAAAACAUUUCUCUUCGACUUGAGGUUGUUCUAACCACUCGGAAGAAGUGACCCUAACACCGGGCUGCUAGCGAACAUUCACGCAGGGACGAAUACUUGCGUAGCUGCAAUCUCAUUAAGGUAAAACCUAGCGAGCCACGAUGGACCUGAGAGACACUGCCCCGGAUUCGUGGGAGCAGGAGGACGACGAGGCCCCGGCGGGGGCACAGCUGGAGUCCGCCUUCACCAACCUCAACGUCAACGCCAAACCGUUUGUGCCCAACGUCCACGCGGUGGAGUUCGUCCCGACGUUAGCGGCGCGGGCAGAGCCGGGGCAGCCGGAACCUGCCGUUGCCAGUGAAAAAAAUUCAACCAUGGAUGCAUCAGAAAGCACAGUUCCCGUUGAGAAUGGUGACAUGGAGAUGGCAACAGAAGAGCCGUGGGAUCAAAAGGGUACAGAACCAAGUGAGGAGGAGCCGGGAGGCCAGGACCCCGGGCCGGGGGAGUCCACUACCACGGAAGAGACGGGUCAAGAGAUGACGGAGGAGGAUGAAGAAAUGCUAGUGCCAAAAGUUCCAUCUGUACAACCAGAUGCCCCUAAGAAAGAACACAUUAAUGUUGUGUUCAUAGGACAUGUAGAUGCUGGAAAGUCCACCAUUGGGGGACAAAUUAUGUAUCUUACAGGCAUGGUAGACAAAAGGACCUUAGAAAAAUACGAGAGGGAAGCAAAGGAAAAGAAUCGAGAAACCUGGUAUUUGUCUUGGGCUUUGGACACUAAUCAAGAGGAAAGGGACAAAGGAAAGACUGUGGAGGUGGGCCGAGCAUACUUUGAGACAGACAAAAAGCACUUUACUAUCCUAGAUGCUCCAGGCCACAAAAGCUUUGUGCCAAACAUGAUUGGAGGUGCAUCACAAGCAGACUUGGCUGUUCUGGUUAUCUCUGCCAGGAAAGGCGAGUUUGAAACUGGUUUUGAGAAAGGUGGACAGACGCGGGAGCAUGCCAUGUUGGCUAAAACAGCUGGUGUCAAGCAUCUGAUUGUUCUGGUGAAUAAAAUGGAUGAUCCCACAGUCAACUGGAGCCUGGAGAGAUACGAGGAGUGUAAAGAAAAACUCGUACCAUUUUUGAAGAAAGUUGGCUUCAACCCGAAGAAGGACAUUCACUUCAUGCCGUGCUCUGGGCUGACGGGAGCCAAUCUGAAGGAGCCCACCGACAUGUGCCCCUGGUACACAGGUCUACCAUUCAUUCCACACCUGGACAGUUUGCCAAAUUUUAACAGAUCAAGUGAUGGACCUGUAAGAUUGCCCAUCGUAGACAAAUACAAGGACAUGGGGACUGUGAUCCUGGGCAAGCUGGAGUCGGGUUCUAUCUGUAAAGCCCAACAGUUAGUCAUGAUGCCAAACCGGCAUACGGUGGAGGUGUUGAGUCUCUUGUCAGAUGAUGUGGAGACGGAUGAUGCUGGGCCUGGCGAAAACCUCAAACUGCGACUGAAGGGUAUUGAGGAGGAGGAGAUAUUGCCGGGAUUUAUUCUGUGCAAUGCUGAGAAUCUGUGUCAUUCAGGACGCACCUUUGAUGCUCAGAUUGUCAUCAUUGAACACAAAUCGAUCAUAUGUCCAGGUUAUAACGCAGUCCUUCACAUUCACACCUGCAUCGAAGAAGUGCAAAUUACGGCCUUAAUCUGCACGGUAGAUAAGAAGACGGGAGACAAGAGUAAGACAAGACCUCGGUUUGUCAAACAGGACCAGGUCUGCAUUGCACGUUUGCGCACAGCAGGGACCAUUUGCCUUGAGACCUUUAAAGAGUUUCCUCAAAUGGGACGGUUUACCUUACGGGAUGAAGGAAAGACCAUUGCUAUUGGCAAGGUGCUGAAGUUGGUUGCUGAGCGGGACUGAAGACCCAGACCCGAGAGACUUGGCGAGGAGGUGGGAGAAGCUCAGUCAUAACUGCCCCAUUCUCACCAGGGUGACGGCGCCUCCCUGUCACAGCUCCCCACAGCUGUGGCCAAGAUUUAGAAGAGACGGCUCGUGAUAAAGAAACCUGUUUUUAAAGGAAAGACAACGAUGAUGUCCACAGGAGUCAGCUUUCUCAUAUUGAGAGCUCUGUUAUGCCAUUCUGGGUUAACCCACCCUUUAUCUCUCCAUUCCUCCUCUCGCCUUCUCCUUAUCUUAUAUUUUCCUUCAGGUUUUUACUUUUUUUUUUUUUUUUUUUUUUUUUUCCCCCUUGCUCGCAAAAUAACGCUGACAGAGGGCAGAAAACUUAAUAACUGUUAACACAGGUGGACCAGAAUUUAGCUUGAAGAUUUUCAAAUUCAAGUUGCAAAUGAAAUUGCUUGAAAGAACUUAACCAGUAGAAACCAAAUGUUUAACUUGGGUGUACAUGUUUCCCUUUGCUUUUACUCAUUUUUUUCCUUUCUUUUUCUUUUUGUAAUUUUUUCAUAUGGCGUUCUAGCUGUGUGCUUGAGCGUGCAUAAAUGUUAUUAAAGGAAAAAUACGAGAAUAAACUUCUGAAUUGGGAAAAGCAAA